CUGAGAAAUUAGUGGAUGACACUUUGAUUCAGAUGGAACUGCAGAUGGGAGACGCAUGGAAAGUAAAAGAAUGAUUUUAAAACUAUACACACAAACGUAAUGGUCAUUUCUUGGAUUCAGAAUAUGAACUUUCAAUGUUAGAACGCAGGAGUGGGACCAUCUCUAGAACCAUCGAGAAUCUCUGGUUCACCUUUGGCCACAGUAACGAUGCUUCUCUUGUGGUUACUUUUGGCGGGCGCGUGGCUGUCUCUAGAUUAUUUCUCUUUGAGAGGUUGGAAAAAAGAAACACACAUUUUAUUAUUUAAAAAAAACAUUUUAAAGGGCGUACUGUUAGUUUUUCUUUUUUAACUUUGAAAAUAACCUUUUAAGCCGAGUCUUCAAAGGGGGUGGAGCUUGAGAAUGACUGUCAAUGAGAGCGCAUUUAAAUGUGGUUUCAGAAGUCAGACGCUUCUCUCAUAGGCUUCCGCUCUGGGUCACUUCCGACUUAAAAAGGCCCCAAAUGCUCUGAGCUCGCAGGACAGUGCCCAUCUUUUUAAAGACGCUCGCAGGCCUCAGAGCUAAACCUUCCAUUUUGAGAAGCUCUGGUGUUGUGGUUCGAGUCUGAGGAUAAGAUGAUUUGGACGAACGAGACGUGCUGCGCGUUUGAAGGCCAGCUGCUCUCCAGAGUGCUGCCGCCUGUGCUGCUGCUGGAAUGCCUGCUGGGCAUGCUGGGUAACGGUGGGGCCCUCUGGAUCUUCUGCUUCUACGUGAAGCCCUGGAAGAGCAGCACGGUCUUCCUGUUCAACCUGGCUCUGGCCGACUUCCUGCUCAUCGUGAUCCUGCCGUUCCGCGCCGUCUACUACCUGCGCGAGCUGGACUGGGCUCACGGCGACGGCUUCUGCCGCAUCGCCCUCUUCAUGCUGGCCAUGAACCGCGGCGGCAGCAUCUUCUUCCUCACCGCCGUGGCCGUGGACCGAUACUUGCGGGUGGUGCACCCCCACCACCCCGCCAACUCCGCGCCCGUCUCCAGGAGCAUCUGCGUGGCCGUCGCCGUCUGGCUCCUCACCAUCUCGCUGACGGCCUACCUCCUGUUCGAAAGAAGGCACUUCCCAGGGCACUUCCCGGAGCACAACAAAACGUACUGCGACAGCUUCAUCAUCUGCCCCAAUUCCACCUCCAACGGGCACCGGGCCAUCUUCGUCUUCUCCUUCUACUUGCCGCUGGCCGUCAUCCUCUUCUGCACCCUGCAGGUGGUGCUGCAACUCAGGAAGCAGCAGCGGGACAGGCAGGGGCGGAUCCAGCGGGCACUCCACCUCAUCGUCCUGGUGGCAGGCGUCUUCGCCAUCAGCUUCCUGCCGGCCAACGUCACCCAGCUGAUGAUCUGGGCCAACAACUCCAAAGAAUGCAAAUCCUUCGAGCGCCUGGACACGGCCUUCUACAUCACCGUCAGCCUGACCUACCUCAACAGCGUGCUGGACCCCCUGGUCUACUACUUCUCCAGCCCCGCCUUCAAGAAGGUGUACAGGCGAGUGGCCCGGCUGAGCCUGAGGAAGAGCGAGGAACCGAGCCCAGCCCAGGACAAGACCAGGGACACCGGCUCCCAGAGCCUCAGCCAGCUGUGACCCAGCACCCGCAGCACUCCUCAAAUCUAGAAUCCAGACUUGGGUCAGCUGCUUUAUCUGAAACAAUUUAACCCCUUCAGACACCUGUAAAAUUCCUGCAGAUCACUGAAAACACUCAGAACUAAAUUCAUAAUUUUUUUCACGGAACUGAUCAAGUAUAAUUAAGAAAACAUUUUUCCACUUUAUUUAUGGAAAAUACAUGUUGUGAAAAGGUGCGUGAAAGGCACUAAAUGCACACAGUAACCGAUCGAUGAAGACAGCAUUUUAAUCGCAACUUUUGGUUAGUAACAUUUUUGCUGAAGGUUCUCCAGAGUUCUGCAGGAGUGGUUUAAAAUUUUACCAGGGUCUUAACAAAUAAAGCACUUAAAAUAUAUAUUUGACCGAGAUUUAAUUGGGGG